CACACGCAAACGCACGCGGCGGCUCUCUCGAGAGGGGCGCGCACACCACUGUGCACCGUCGACGAUUUCGCCGCACGCGUUUUCCGUCAACGCGACAGUCGAAUAUAUUGUGAGACCUCAUACUGUGGUGCGUCAGCGUUUCCGUUUUCGAACUUCCCCCACACGUCCGAAAAUACCGCGUCUGUCCGUCCGUCGGUUCGAUCGUGAAAGUGUAAUUUUUAUGUGAUCUUUCGGUGACGAAAUCGGUCCGACCGGAAGUAUAGUCUCCGUCGAUACUAUGCGGCCGGCUGCGGCGUUUGGCAAACCGUUCACUUAUCUAGCGGCUUCUCCCGCCGCCGCCGACCACCGUCCGCCGCAGCAACAACUACAAACGCCUGUACCGGCGUCCUUGCACACGUUUGCCGGUACUGCCGGYGGUAGCGGUGGCGCCCCGACGCCACCGGUCAGGACGUCUACGGCUGCAAUGCAAGGGACGACGGCGACCGCCAAACAGAAACCGCCUCCGGUGCCACCCAGGGGUGAACAGACCAGACUGACAACGGUGCCAGCCAAGAGAUCUGCUCCAGCAUCGGAACCGGUCUGCAAGAAAACGGAACCGGCGGUGGUGACCGCUCCGUCACCGCCUCCACCGCCGCCACCACCAUCCCCGCCUAGCACUAUUGUUCCGGAUGUAGACACUAAUGUUAUGCCACCACCUCCGCCACUCACACUAUUACCACCUGAGACCGCAGAACAGGACGAAGACUUGUCCGCUUCGGCGUUGAUCAGCAAGUUUGAAAGCGGAUGCGCCGUCAAACCGACUGCGGUCAUCACCGGUACGACUGCUGAUCAGAAACUUCCCGUCGAAGUGGACUCGGGCACUUCCACGUUGGCUGAGAGCACGGACGACGAUGACAACGACAAUGAAGACGACGACGGCGAGGAUGACGGUGCGGCAGACAUAUGGGUGCGGACAAUCGAGUCUCCGGUCAAGAAUAUACACCCGCAAAAGGUCCGACACCAUUCGGAUAGUGCGAUAAAGGCGGUUACGGUCUCGUCCUCACCACCAGCUGAAAAGCGCGGCAGCUUGCCGUCAGAUGUGGCCGUGCAGGACAAGAGGAGUUCGCCGCCACCGGCCAAAGACUCAGCCAGGUCUUCGUUCCGGUCAUCGUCCGGCAGCCGGUGCUCGUCACCCGCACUGCUGGCUGUCAACAGUCAGCAGAACAAGCAGUGUUCGUCGGAUGGCAGGAAAAUAAGCGCGGCCGAGGCACUCGGUGUGGUGGCCAAACCGUGUCCACGUAUACUGCCUUCGUCAGCGGCAACAACGCUUGACGCGGCGUGCCGGCGCCAAUCGCUGGGCAACCUAACUGAGUCACGGUUCGGGACUUUGCUCUCCUCGUCCGUGCGGUCAUCGUGGGCCCCACCGUCGGGUGUUCAGACGGACGUCGAGUCGACUCAGAGCGAACCAUCGUUUGACUACAGGCGCAAAAAGUUCACAAAACGGUGCUCGAGUGCGGACGGACGGAACCCCGUGCAUCACCAUCAUCAUCACCAUCACUACCAUACCAUGCAGUCGGGUGGUCGGGCUGCGGCUGCUCGGGAUCCGGAUUUUGGUGCCAAGCGGGCGUUUAUCCAGGAGAAACUGCAGGCGGCCGGCACCAAACAGCUGCAGAACUUCGGUAUCGUACCAUCCGGGCUUCCGCCCACGCCACCGCCACCGGUAUCAGUGUACCACAUGCAACUGCACAACGGCGGUUUGGGAGGUGUCGACUGUGGCAGGCCACCCCGGUCAUCGUCGUGCAACUGCGGCCAGCACCAGGCUACGUCCAGGCCGAUGUUCAUAAACAAGCGGACCGCGUCCGCCGAGGAGUUACUGCCUCUACCGGCUGCUGUCACCAUGGCUGAAGCUGACCAGUUCACGGCCGUAGGCCGCCCGGCGUCCGCGUCAUCAUCAUCAUCGUCCGGUGGCCGCGGUUCGUUUGGCCGUUCGCAGCGGGUCACGUUUGCGCUUGACCAGCAUCAGGACCAGCACCAGAUAUUCGCAGCGGGUGGCACCGAGCUGACGUCGUCUUCGUCCUCGUCCUCGUCUUCAGCCGCCAAAAAACCAUUCAAGAGCAAUUUAAAAGUCAAAGACACUGCCGUAGCGCCCGAACUGAACAUGCUCGGCACCAGUGCCAUCAACACCAGACUGCCGCCUCAACACCCACACCCAUACGGACUGCCGUACAAAUUGCCAGUUGUCACCGCUGACGUUUUGCAGGUUGUACGAAAUAUUUAUAUUAAUCAAAAUGUUAUACGUUAA